AUGAACGCUCAUCACCACACAAUAAAAGAAGACGAGAAAGAUCUGCCUGUACCAAAACAUUUUUAUAGUCAGGACCACAAUAUCACAGAUAUGAAAAGGAAUUUUGAAUCUCAGAGGGCUAAAAAGAAAAUCUGGGAAUACAAGCUCAUGAAAACCUUUGAGAACAUGGACUUAAAGAGAAAGUCUGUGAGUCCUGCUUCUCCCGCCCACAUACAGAAAGAGCCUGUGAGUCCUGCUUCUCCCGCCCACAUGCAGAAAGAGCCUCUGAGUCCUGCUUCUCCCGCCCACAUACAGAAAGAGCCUGUGAGUCCUACUUCUCCCGCCCACAUGCAGAAAGAGCCUCUGAGUCCUGCUUCUCCCGCCCACAUACAGAAAGAGCCUGUGAGUCCUGCUUCUCCCGCCCACAUACAGAAAGAGCCUGUGAGUCCUGCUUCUCCUGCCCACAUACAGAAAGAGCCUGUGAGUCCUGCUUCUCCCGCCCACAUACAGAAAGAGCCUGUGAGUCCUGCUUCUCCCGCCCACAUACAGAAAGAGCCUGUGAGUCCUGCUUCUUCCACCCUCUUAUACAGAAAACCUAGAGAGCCUGUGAGUCCUGCUUCUCUCGCCCACAUACAGAGAGAGCCUGUGAGUCCUGCUUCUCCCACCCUCAUACAGAAAGAGCCUAAAACCUGUGAGUCCUGCUUCCCUGCCUACUCGUGGAGAAAUUCUGUGAGUCCUGCAUCCCCUGCCCACAUACAGAGAGAGCCUGUAAGUCCUGCAUCUCCCACCCACAUACAGAGAGAGCCUGUUAGUCCUGCUUCUCCCACCCACAUACAGAGAGAGCCUGUGAGUCCUGCUUCUCCCGCCCACAUACAGAAAGAGCCUGUGAGUCCUGCUUCUCCCGCCCUCAUACAGAAAGAGCCUAAAACCUGUGAGUCCUGCUUCCCUGCCUACUCGUGGAGAAAGUCUGUGAGUCCUGCGUCCCCUGCCCACAUACAGAGAAAGCCUGUGAGUCCUGCUUCUCCCGCCCACAUACAGAGAGAGCCUGUGAGUCCUGCUUCUCCCGCCCAAAUACAGAAAGAGCCUGUGAGUCCUGCUUCUCUCGCCCACAUACAGAGAGAGCCUGUGAGUCCUGCUUCUCCCGCCCUCAUACAGAAAGAGCCUAAAACCUGUGAGUCCUGCUUCCCUGCCUACUCGUGGAGAAAGUCUGUGAGUCCUGCGUCCCCUGCCUACAUACAGAGAGAGCCUGUAAGUCCUGCAUCUCCCACUCACAUACAGAGAGAGCCUGUGAGUCCUGCAUCUCCCACCCACAUACAGAGAGAGCCUGUGAGUCCUGCUUCUCCCACCCACAUACAGAGAGAGCCUGUGAGACCUGCUUCUCCCGCCCACAUACAGAAAGAGCCUGUGAGUCCUGUUUCUCCCGCCCUCAUACAGAAAGAGCCUGUGAGUCCUGCUUCUCCCGCCCACAUACAGAGAGAGCCUGUGAGUCCUGCUUCUUCCACCCACAUACAGAAAGAGCCUGUGAGUCCUGCUUCUCCCGCUCACAUACAGAGAGAGCCUGUGAGUCCUGCUUCUUCCACCCUCUUAUACAGAAAACCUAGAGAGCCUGUAAGUCCUGCAUCUCCCACCCACAUACAGAGAGAGCCUGUUAGUCCUGCUUCUCCCACCCACAUACAGAGAGAGCCUGUGAGUCCUGCUUCUCCCGCCCACAUACAGAAAGAGCCUGUGAGUCCUGUUUCUCCCGCCCUCAUACAGAAAGAGCCUGUGAGUCCUGCUUCUCCCACCCACAUACAGAGAGAGCCUGUGAGUCCUGCUUCUUCCACCCACAUACAGAAAGAGCCUGUGAGUCCUGCUUCUCCCGCUCACAUACAGAGAGAGCCUGUGAGUCCUGCUUCUUCCACCCUCUUAUACAGAAAACCUGUGAGUCCUGCGUCCCCUGCCCACUCGUGGAGAAAGUCUGUGAGUCCUGCAUCUCCCACCCACAUACAGAGAGAGCCUGUGAGUCCUGUUUUCCCCACCCACUAG